GCGGGUGGCCAUGGAAUCAGCAGUAUCCCGCCUUCGCCCCCGCCCUUCAUCGUCGCAACCCCUAUCCGUGAUAGUCUAGCAAAUCCAAUAUGCCUGCCGGAUUCAAGUCCAUCGCCGUCGCAGGUGCGCAGAGCAGCAUCGGCAAGCCCGCCGUCCAGGCUCUCGCGACCACCUCCGGCGUCUCCGUCCUCGUCCUCACCCGCAAGACCACACCGCGCCCCGACUGGCUGCCCGAGGGCGUCGCUCACGCAGGCGUAGACUACGACGACGUCGAUGGCACCGCCGCGGUCCUUCGCGAGCACAAGGUCGAGGCCGUCCUCGCCCCCAUAACCACCACCGCCGUCUUGCAGCAGAUCCCCCUCGCCAACGCGGCGAAGGCGGCGGGCGUGCAGCUCUUCGUGCCCAGCGAGUUCGGGACGAUCAGCAAGGGAUGGAAGAAGGAGGAAGUGCCUGCGUUCCUGGCGCCGAAAAUCCAAGUGGCCGAGCACCUUGAAUCUAUCGGCCUUCCUUCCCUGCGUAUCUUCACCGGCGCCUUCGAAGAGUUCGUGACCACGCUUGUCGGCUACAACACCAACAAGAAGGUUAACAUCCUCAAGGGGCUGACGGGAGACCAGCCCUUCUCCACCACGGCAACGGCCGACAUCGGAGGCUUCAUCGCGCACGUAGUGACCCACUACCCGGCGUCCGAACUUUCCAACAAGGCCCUCCGCAUCCAGGGAGACGAACUCACUCUCAACGGCCUCAGCACUAUCCUAAACGCCCCCAUCGAAAAGGUCGAUGAGAUACCCGCACCUGCACCUGAGUUGUCCGGCUUCCUUGCGGCGCUGCAGUCCUCCAUCGAGCGGGGACUGCUCAGCAAGGACAAGAAGAUCACGGACAACGAUGGCGCCGGAGGCGCUAACCACCUCUGGGAAGGGCACCACUGGACGACGGUGAAGGAGUUCUUGAAGCUCUGA